GCUCCCUCCACAGCGAAAUCACUCUCCCUCCACAGCGAUUACUUUAUUGUUUUGUUUUUUUCCCCUUUCAAAACCUUUACAUUUAAAUAUGCAUUUAAACAAUUCAUAAUUAGUGAUUAUUAGUUUAAAUGAUGUUCUUGCUUGCUAUGUUUGUGAAUUGUGAUAGAGGCAAAGAGCGAUUCCAUGUUUAGUUGAACACCCAGUUACAGAACUUGCCAGCUCUUACUUUCCAAUUCCGAGUGAUAUUUCUUUGGUAAACGAAAUUGUUGGUGUUUUACUGGAUUUCGCUCUUUGUUCUCUCUAAUUGGUUCUCAUAUCGAAAUCAACACUGGUAUAUCUGAGGUUUUUAUGUUCAUUUUCUGUGUUUUGCAAGAGCAAAAAAGGCAUUCGGUUUUUGUAUCACUGCCUGGUUGUUGUUUCAUUGUUCAAAUUCGAAGGUUUUUGUGUUGAAAUUCUGGGGAUUUGUGCCGCUGUUGGGGCACGGAGAUUGGUGCUGAAUUGGUUAAAUGCUGGACAGAUUGUUGCUCGCUUUGGAGGUUUGUUCCUGACUUGCUGGACUUUUCGGCGUAAAGAGUUACACAGUACACUUCACGGUAUCAGAUAAACAUAGGAUGAUAGUUAAGCGGGCUGUGAAAAUUGCAAUGCCGAACCUGAAGCGAUGCCAAUUAGAGAACCUCGAUCCCGAAGACAGUGCGCGCGCUGCAAAUCCCAAGAAACGGAGGGCAGAUGGGUUUUUAUCUCCUGCUAUGCCCGCCGAGGAUGAUUAUUUGAGUGGCGGUUCUGGAUUUCGGUGCAGUAAAGAAUCGCACUGCGGUGGUGACUUACAGUCAGAUACCACAACGUCGAAUGCUAAAACAGGACUAAAACCGGGCUCAAAAAUGGUUCGGCCUCCAUUGUUGCAGUCAUCGCGAGGCCGCCACCAGAUGCUUCCGUCGAGGUUCAGGGAUUUGGUUCUCGGUACGUGGAAGAAUAAAAGAAUCCAAGUGGAGAACACAUGUUCCAGCUUUAAAGAAGAUAUUAUGUCAGGAGAAGAUGAGUCGAAGUUCAGUGGAAUGGAAUUUGCAAAACAGGGAUAUAGUGUUAACUGUAAUCUCAAAAAUUCAAUGUGUUGUUCAUACACUGAAAUGGAGAAGGACAGAGUCUCGGGCGUCUUAAAUUCUAAUGAUUCCGAUGCCGCGGACACGGAGCAUGCGAAUUCCUUGAGUACCGUGAGAGCGGCAGUUAAUAAGAGUUGUUCAUCGUCAGUUAAAGUUCAGAGUGAUGCGUCGGGACUUAAUUCUGAAGGCGUUGACCCUAAGGCUAAUGGGAAAGCUGAAAAGAGGGUCGACAUUUACAGACUAGAUGAUUUUGCUUGCGGUGAUAUAGUUUGGGCAAAAUGCGGGAAGAGGUAUCCGGCUUGGCCUGCGAUUGUGAUUGAUCCCAUCUUGCAAGCUCCCAAGUCGGUACUGAACUGUUGUGUUCCUGGUGCAAUUUGCGUAAUGUUUUUUGGGUACUCAAAAAAUGGAAAGCAAAGGGACUAUGCAUGGGCGAGACAGGGAAUGGUAUUCCCCUUCUUGGAAUUCAUGGAGAGAUUCCAAGGGCAGACCCGGCUGUACAAGAGCAAAUUGAGUGACUUUCGAAUGGCAUUAGAGGAGGCUCUGUUGGCAGAAGAUGGUAUUCUGGACUCACAUUUGGGAGCAGAGGUUAUUACUAAAAGCAAUGUUGAAGCUCAGCACAGUGGAUAUACAGAGGAUACGGGUCCAUGUGAUGAUCAGGAGGAAUACUGCCUGGACCAGGAAGCAAGACUUUGUGCUGGCUGUGGUUUGAUGUUACCAUGUAAAACCGUGAAGAAGAUUAAGGAUUCUAGCGGUCAACUUUAUUGUAGACAUUGCUCAAAGUUGCAAAAAUCUAAACAAUAUUGUGGCAUCUGCAAGAAGAUUUGGCACCAUUCAGAUGGUGGGAAUUGGGUAUGUUGUGAUGGUUGCAAUGUUUGGGUGCAUGCAGAAUGUGAUAAAAUCUCCAGCAAACUUUUAAAGGAUCUAGAGCUCAUGGAUUACUAUUGCCCAGAUUGCAAAACUAAAGUCAACUGUAAAUUGGCAGAAUCACGUUCCUCCAAUUCGGAAAUCAAUUCAAUAGAAAAAAACCAAGAACGUACGAUACCUGAGGAGGUAUUGGUGGUGUGCAAUGGCAUGGAAGGAAUUUACAUUUCAAGUCUUCAUUUAGUUAUGUGCAAGUGUGGUGCUUGUGGGUCAGGGAAGCAGACACUGAGUGAAUGGGAGCGGCAUACUGGUUGCAGAGCCAAAAAAUGGAAAUUCAGCGUGAAAGUAAAAGGCACAAUGCUACCCCUAGAAAAAUGGAUUACCGAGCACAAUUCCCAAGCGGGAGUUUCCCUACAGUUGAAUCAGCUGCAAGUACUUGCCUUUUCACAAGAGAAGUACGAGCCAGUUUAUGCAAAAUGGACUACAGAAAGGUGUGCCAUUUGUAGAUGGGUUGAAGAUUGGGAUGAUAACAAGAUUAUUAUCUGUAACAGGUGCCAAAUUGCAGUGCACCAAGAAUGCUAUGGGGUGAAGAGCGUUAAGGAUUUUACUUCUUGGGUUUGCAGAGUAUGUGAAACUCCUGAUGUUGAGAGAGAGUGUUGCCUCUGUCCAGUAAAAGGCGGUGCUCUGAAGCCAACUGAUGUUGAAAUGCUGUGGGUUCACAUAACAUGUGCUUGGUUCCGGCCCGAAGUUAUUUUCCGAAACCAUGAGACAAUGGAACCUGCCACUGGAAUACUUAAAAUUCCUCCAAAUUCAUUUUCAAAGAUUUGCAUUAUCUGUAAACAAAGCCAUGGAUCGUGCUUAAGUUGCUGCAAAUGUGCUACUUAUUUUCAUGUGAUGUGUGCGGCAAGAGCUGGAUAUGGCAUGGAACUGCAUUCCAUGGAGAAGAAUGGGAGUCAGAUCACAACGAAGCUAAUAUAUUGUGCAGUUCAUAGGAUCCCAAAACUAGAUUCAGUACUGGUUGUGCAUACACCCCUAGGGGUUUUCUCUCCCAGAACUGAACUUCAAAAUCAUAAGGGGUGCUUAAGGGGAUCGAGGCUAGUUUCACCAAAGAAUAUAGAACUUUUUGAAGAGUCUUCAACCUCCAAGACUAACAAGUUUGAGCCACCCUCUGCUGCUAGAUGUCGUGUUUACAGAAGGCCUCUUAAUAAGAAAGUUGAUCUGCCAGUAAUUCACUUACUGAGUGGACCAAGACAUCAUUCUUUAGGCACAAUAACUCAUUUGAACAGUUAUAAGGAUGUUGAACGUUCUGAAGAAUUUAUUUCACUCAAGAAACGCCUUUAUCAUUUGCAGAAAACUGUAAAGUAUCAAGUUUGCUUUGGAAAAUCUGGCAUACAUGGAUGGGGCCUCUUUGCUCAUCGAGAUAUAGAAGAAGGGGAGAUGGUAGCUGAGUAUUGUGGUGAGCAGGUAAGACGGAGCAUUGCUGAUUUAAGGGAAGCAAGGUACCGGUCAGAAGGCAAAGAUUGUUACCUGUUCAAGAUCAGCGAGGAAGUGGUAAUUGAUGCAACAGACAAGGGCAACAUAACACGCUUGAUUAACCAUUCUUGCAUGCCGAACUGCUAUGCGAGGAUUAUAAGUUUGGAUGAUGAGGAGAGCCGAAUUGUUCUUAUUGCCAAGACCAAUAUCUCUGCUGGCGAAGAACUAACGUAUGAUUACUUGUUCGAUCCGGAUGAGCUUUAUGAACUGAAAGUUCCCUGUCAUUGCAAUGCUCCAAAUUGUAGAAAAUUUAUGAAUUAGAAUUACCACCCCCCGCCCUAAAAAAUAAAAAUAAAAAUCUUAAAGGAGCAAAUUGCCCCUAUCUAACGAUUCAAUUGAUUUUGUAAUAUUUUUUUAUUUUAAAUUUGUAUACAGGUUCAAUGUAAUUCUAAUUUGUAUAUUAUACGGUUAUAAUAAGAAAACUCCCGUCCAAGAGGCGUUUUGU